CUACAAAAUCUUCAUUACACACAAAACAAAACUUUGUCCAUAAUUGCAAUUCCUUAUUUUUGGCCAUAAUGGAGUGAAAUUCUCAGGAUGCACAAGUAUCAACACUAAAAUAGUCACUUUUAUUUCGUAUUCCGAAGCUGCUGCUCAUUUUCCUUGUUUUAAUAAUAAAUAGGCGUAGAAGUUAUGGGGGAUGUGGUAACCAAUGACAUUUUGGGAAUUUAUGGGAAGAUGGCGACAUUGGGAGAAAGGAAAAAAAGAUGCAAAGAUCGCCUCAGGCCUUUAAUUCGUUACACUUUUCAAACAUUAACCUACCGACCUGUCUGGUUUUGCUUCUUCUAUGUAUUCUGCCAGUACUUCUUCGCUACUUCUUUGACCAUCUUCCACCUGCUAAGAAAGUUCGACCAAGAAACCUUAUUGAAGCAUGGAUCAUUUUGUGGAAUCCAGAUUUUUGUUCUGAUUAAUUUGGGACCAAUGAUCUUCAUGGUGGACGACCUGCUCGGUUUUUUGAAAAGAUACGGAGACGCCACCCUUCCCGUCGAUAUGCUGAACGAUAAAUUGCUCGUGCAGAUUUAUUUCCUCAUAAAAAUUAUCAAGGCGAUAUCCGUCAUCAAUAUAUGCUUGGCCAUCGUGGCAGCAGCUGGUUUCAUAGCCGCCCCUGAGUACUUCGACGAAAAGACCUACCUAUGUGUAUGGAUACAGGAAACAUUCCCGGACUAUUCGGUUUGGAUGCUGAGAGUCGUUCAUUGGACCAGCCUGCCGGUUGCCCUAGCUCUAGCUGGUUGUUCCAUUGGCUGGGCCUAUGGAGGUUUCAUUUCCAUCUGCCAAAUCUUGAUGUUGCACGAAAUGAUCGCCAGUAUCUCGAACAGCUCCUUACCGCAGAAAUUGAGACGAGAUUCGAGAUUGUACCAAGAAGCUGUGAGGCAGAAAAUGGUCAUGUCCAUCAUGACCCACGAGUACACAGUGAGAUUUCAGUCAUUAGCCUCAGAAAUCAUAGAAAUACCAAUAUUGAUGGUUUCGGUGGGCAGUUUGAUUCUAGGAGGUUCAUUGAUGAUCGAAUUCUUCAGUAAUCAAGAUCAAAAUUUCGGUGAUCAGUACGAGCUAUUCGUUGGUAUUUUUUGUUUUACUGUUGCUGGUGUCAUUUCGGCUAACACUUAUCUGAUAACUGGACAGGUGAUCAAAGAUGAGUCUGAAACUUGCAACUAUAAACUCUGCCAACUUCCAUGGUAUGACAUGGACAAAGACAACAAAAAAAUCUAUUCUAUAUUUCUGGACAGAUCCCAGAAAAAUCUGGCAAUACAAAACAGCCUCGUCCAAGUUGACUUUGUACUUUUAGUGAGGGUGGGUGUUUUAAUUUAUCUAGUCGCUUGUAUGAAUUCUUCAUUGUUUAAACUCCUGUUUGUUUUUCAGAUUUGCAAGGGCUUAUAUUCUUUGGCUGCAGUUCUUGCACAAUUUGCCGCCCCAGAUGAUGGAGCUUAAAAAUAAGAUUAUCCUUCUUCACAUAUAUGAUGAGUCUCGAAAAUCUAUAAGCAAUUUAGAUGCCUCUUAUCACAUAAAAUAUUUCACAUUAUA